GCAGUCUUAGCCAAUAGCAGUAAAAAAAAAUAAAAUGGUUAAUUCCAAAUUUUGUUUGUUAUUUGUAUUUUUGGGAUUGAAGUUGUCCGAAAACGAAAAAGUUAGUGACAUGAAUUCCGACGAUAAGUUAUUUUCCGUUAAAUUCGAAAUAUACGGUAGAGUUCAAGGAGUAUUCUUUAGAAAGUACACCCAGAGCGAGGCCACAAAACUGGGCGUCAAGGGCUGGUGUAGGAACACAGACCGAGAUACAGUUGAAGGCACGUUGGAAGGCAGUAAAAAGCGACUUAACGCGAUGAAGCACUGGUUGCAAACCAAAGGCAGCCCUAAAUCCAGAAUUGACAGAGCUGUGUUUCAAGAUGAACAUGAAAUAGAGGGGUUCACUUUUGAUGGGUUUACGGUAAAACAUUAAUUAAAGAUUUAUUAUAUUAGACAAAUGUCAUUAGAAUUAUUUAUUUUGUGUUUGUUUAACUUCUUAACUCGUUAAAAAAGUAGUUCAUAAGUGCAAGGUUUUAAAUUUUGAUUAAUUACAGGAGUGAGGCUGCUUUUCAGUUUUUCCAAUUAAAAACUGUUUUUGUUUUUGAAAUAGUGAAAUUCCCUGUUAUUCUCACCAGUCUAUUUUUUUAUGGAUUGA